AUGGAUUCCAUGAGAUCCUUGAACACUUCGCUGCCGAGCUCGACACCUCGCUCACAGCCGCCCGAGCAACUCCUUCAGUCUUUCAAGGCGGCUGCGCUAUCUGUCACCAAUCUGUACAAGAAUGCUGUCUACGAGCAAGCUCAGGCCCGGCAGGCUGGCUAUCAAGAGGCUGUAGAAGACUUGCUCCACUUCCUUGAUCGCGAGAACCUUGGUCUCGGUGACGGAGAAGGGUGGAGGGUCCGUCAGUGGGCAACUGAGAAGUGUGAUGGAACCGCCCAGGGUAGCGACGACGAUGAGCGGGCCGACACCGACACCGGCAAGCUUGACCGAAGUGCGACACCGGCGGCUGGUCGUAAAGAAGCUCCGUCUUCCGAGCCCGCUGCCCGUCAGCAACCUACCUUUGCCCCCGCCUCCGCCCCCUCUGCCCCUCCCAUGCCCCGGACAGACACCACCACCCCCACGCCUCUACCUCAACCUCAAGAGACUUCGCCCGCAUCACCACCGACCGUUUUCACAUUCACGGCCGGUCCAACAUUCCCUCAAUGCCAAGACCUCGAAAUGGACAUGCAAUCAUCUGACAACCCUACCCCUCCUUCUUCGCAAGACGGUGCACCAGUCAGCGUCUCCAUGAUGCCUCGCAACCCUCGCCAUCAAAACCGCCACAACAACCUUUCGCGACCAAUUCCCCGCCCGUUUCCCCGAGAGUCUCCUGCCAAUAUUGGGUCCAAGAGGAAAUUUAAUGUCCCUGACUUCUUUGACUUAUCCGGGGACAUGUUUGGGGAGGCAAACGAGGUCGCUUCACCUAGCACGACUCUUCCCAGACUUACGAAGUCGACGAAAUGA